AUGUUCUCGAGGGUUAUAAGGUCUCUAACUAUGGCAGAAAGGUUAAAGCAUACUAGUAAUCUUUUGAGAGUACAAAGACAGUUCAGUCAAUUGAGGCAAGGUUCUAAGCAUGGUCCUAAUUUUAAGCAGUAUUUACAAUUAGCCAAUGGUGAAAUCGGUUCAUAUUUUCACGAUAUUCCAUUAGAAUUGAACUUUGAAAAUAGCACAGUCCGUAUGGUUGUCGAGGUACCACGUUGGUCAAAUGGUAAAUUUGAGAUUUCAAAGGAGAUUGAAUUUAAUCCUAUUGUACAAGAUGUGAAGAAAGGUAAAGUUAGAUUUGUUAACAAUAUUUUCCCUUACCAUGGAUAUAUUCAUAACUACGGUGCCAUUCCACAAACUUGGGAAGAUCCUACGAGAGAAAUUCCUGGAUUUGGGUCUACUAGAGGCGACAACGAUCCAUUGGACUGCUGUGAAAUUGGGUCUAGCAUUUUACAGAUGGGGGACGUGAAAGAUGUAAAAAUUUUGGGAUCUCUUGCGUUGAUUGACGAUGGUGAACUUGAUUGGAAAGUAAUUACCAUCGAUUCAAAGGACCCGCUAGCCGAUAAACUAAACGAUUUGCAAGAUGUAGAUACUCACAUGCCAGGACUGUUGGCGGCAACCAGGGAAUGGUUUAGAGAUUACAAGAUUCCAACGGGAAAACCACCAAAUGAAUUUGCAUUUAACGGACAGUACAAAAAUGCCCAGGAGACUAUAAAUACCGUACAAGAGUGUCAUGAAGCCUGGAAAAGAUUAAUUUCAGGAAACAUCCUGGGUGAGAAAAUACCAAAAAUCAAAAGAGCUGGUGAAGGCAUUACAUUGGCAUCGGCUGAAGAAGAACAGACACCUAUUCCACCUGAAGUUGCCGUUUGGCAUUAUGUCUGA